UCGAGCGCGCGAGGAGGAGCGUAGAAACCCGGUGAACGAUGGAGAACGCGGAAACGCGGUUUUGAACGUAGUCGGAACCUCGUCGAGGGUUAACGAAAGCGGUAUCCGUUCGCCCGUCCAGCGCGUGGUGCUCUCGGCUCGGUGUAAUCGUCGUUCCCAUGAAUUAGUGAUCGUGACUCUGCAAAGUGACCAGCGAUCGACGACGAUGGCUGCGAGUCACGUAAGGAAAGUACGAUUCUCAGCGUUGCGGCGUUGGGGUGUGUCGUAGGCCGACAAGGGGAAUAGGCAAAUUUUGUCCGAGGCAUUCUACGCAGGUACGCGAAAGAAUCUCACGAGCAGCCGCGAUGCUAGAGCUUCUAAUAAUAAUUCUAACGUCGAUGGGCGCGAUCGAGGGUUCGUUACCUCCCGACGACGCGGACAAUGUGUUGCACAUCGGUGGCAUAUUCCCGAUAGCGGGGGAGGGUGGGUGGCAGGGUGGUCAGGCUUGCAUGCCGGCCGUAAACCUGGCCUUGGACGAUGUCAAUCGCGAGAAGAACCUGUUACCUGGCUUCAUUCUUAAGCUCCACUCGAACGAUAGCGAGUGCGAGCCAGGACUCGGUGCCUCGGUGAUGUACAAUCUACUGUACUACAAUCCACACAAAUUGAUGCUGUUGGCCGGGUGUAGUACAGUUUGCACGACCGUCGCCGAGGCGGCGAAAAUGUGGAACCUGGUGGUGCUGUGCUACGGUGCAUCGUCGCCAGCGUUGUCCGAUAGAAAUAGGUUCCCUACCCUCUUCAGGACCCACCCCUCGGCCACGGUGCACAACCCCACGAGAAUCAAACUGUUGCAAAAGUUCGGCUGGUCUCGAGUGGCGAUCCUGCAGCAAGCCGAAGAAGUGUUCAUAUCGACCGUAGAAGAUUUAGAGGCGCGCUGCAAGGAGGCAGGGAUAGAAAUAGUGACCCGUCAGAGCUUCCUGUCGGAUCCUUCCGACGCUGUGAGGAACCUGCGUCGCCAGGACGCGAGGAUCAUCGUCGGCCUGUUCUACGUGGUGGCGGCUAGGAGAGUCCUCUGCGAGCUCUACCACCAGAACCUCUACGGGAAGAGUUAUGUAUGGUUCUUUAUCGGAUGGUACGAGGACAAUUGGUUCGAGGUGAACCUGGACAAGGAGGGGAUCACCUGCACGAAGGACGAGAUGAGGCUGGCCGCGGAGGGACACUUGACGACGGAGGCUCUCAUGUGGAAUCAAAAUAACGACACGACAAUCAGCGGUAUGACGUCCGAGGACUUCAGACAGAGGUUGAACAAAAUGCUCAAAGAAGACGGCUACGAUAUCGAUAACAACCGGUAUCCCGAGGGAUACCAGGAGGCGCCUCUCGCCUACGACGCGGUUUGGUCCGUCGCGUUAGCUUUCAACAAGACAAUGGAAAAGCUGAGCAAGCAAGGGAAGAGCCUGAAGAACUUCACCUACGUCGACAAGGAGAUCGCGGACGAAAUUUAUUCCGCGGUCAAUUCCACCCAAUUCCUGGGCGUCUCGGGAUACGUUGCGUUCAGCUCGCAAGGUGACAGAAUUGCGUUGACCCAAAUCGAGCAAGUAAUCGAUGGAAAGUACGUAAAGUUGGGAUACUACGACACGCAAAGCGACAAUCUGACCUGGAGGAACAUGGAAAGAUGGAUAGGCGGCAAGAUUCCGCAGGACAGAACCAUCGUGAGGACCGUGUUGAGGACCGUCUCUCUGACUCUGUUCAUAUGCAUGGGUGCUAUAUCAUCGUUUGGGAUCGUCAUCGCCUUUGGACUGAUCAUUUUUAAUAUCUGGAACAGGCACAGAAGCGUGAUCAUGUCGUCCCAUCCCGUGUGCAACACGAUAAUGCUCGUGGGGGUGAUAGCGUGCUUCGUCUCGGUGUUCCUUUUGGGCAUCGACGGCAGAUUCGUGCCCGAGUGGGAGUAUCCGGCUGUCUGCCAGGCCAGAGCCUGGAUGCUGUCCACGGGUUUCACGCUGGCGUUCGGCGCCAUGUUUAGCAAAGUGUGGCGGGUCCACAGACUCACGACGAAAACGAAAGCCGACCAGGCGAAGUUGUUCAUGGCUAAACAAAAAGUUUCGUCCAUACAGAAGAAAAUCCAACCGUGGAAGCUGUAUACGAUGGUAAGUGGAUUGUUGGCGCUGGACAUUGUGCUACUAGUCUCCUGGCAGGUGCUCGAUCCUCUGCAGAGGAAGAUCGAGACAUUCCCGCUGGAGUCGUCACCGUUUGGCGACGACGACGCGCGGAUCAGGCCCGAAUUGGAGCAUUGCGAGAGCAUCCACAAUAACGUUUGGCUCGGUUUGAUUUACAGUUACAAGGGGAUCAUCCUGGUGUUCGGGCUGUUCCUGGCUUACGAGACGAGGAGCAUCAAAGUUAAACAGAUCAAUGAUUCCAGAUACGUCGGGAUGUCGAUAUACAACGUGGUGAUCCUCUGUGUGAUCACGGCGCCCGUGACGAUGGUGAUCGCCAGUCAGCAGGACGCCAGCUUCGCGUUCGUCGCGCUCGCCAUAAUCUUCUGCUGCUUCCUCAGCAUGGCGUUGAUCUUCGUGCCCAAAAUGAUCGAAGUGAUCAGGCAUCCUAAGGACAAGGUCGAGUCCAAGUACAAUCCGGACGUGGGCGUGACCAAGGAGGACGAGGAGAAGUACCAGAAGCUCCUCAGCGAGAACGACGAGCUUCAGAAGCUCAUCGCAGCGAAAGAGGAGAAGAUCAGAGUCCUGAAGCAGAUGCUGGCCGAGCGGGACGCGUCCAAGGGCGGUGGGAUGAACGUCCCCAAGGACUCGCUGAUCGUGGCCGAUUUCGUGACAGGCGAGGGGACCUCGGACAGCGCAAUCGGAUUUGGAACGCCAUCUUUCGGAUUUAGUACGCCGGCGACUUCGGCACCGAGCCUGUUUGGUUCGUCCUCGACUCCAGCCGCCGGGGCAUUCGGAACAGCUACUGGAUUCGGUACACCGGCUGCUGCUGGCUUUGGUACUACCGCGACGACAGGUUUCGGUGCAACGCCUGCAUUUGGUACGACACCUACCAGUGGAUUCGGAUCCACUCCAGCCUUUGGCACUACACCCGCUGCAACGAACACCGGAUUUGGCACAACCUCCACAUUUGGCGGCGCGCCUGCCUCCACAACAGGUUUCGGUGGAUUUGGCGCCACUGGGACCACGUCUUCUUUAGCUUUCGGCGGUUUCAGCGGAUUUGGAUCCGCGACUACCUCGACACCGUCCUUUUUCGGAGGAUUCGGUACUACGAGCACACCGUCUACCGGUUUUGGUACAUCCACGGGAUUCGGUGGGUUUGGAACCAAACCAACGUCCACAGCCACGACCACUGGUUUUGGUGGUUUUGGUACAGGUUCGGGAUUUGCAAGCUUUGGAACUGGGUUGGCGCAACCUCAACAGCAACAGUUCCAACAGCAACAGUUUCAACAGCAGCAGCAAUUGCAACAGCAAACUGCUAACACUAUAUCGGAAGCAUUAUAUAAUGCUGUUUUUAAUUGUCAAUUGUACAGCGAUGAACGCGACAAUAUCAUUGCUAGAUGGAAUCUUCUACAGUCGCUUUGGGGUACAGGGAAAGCUUACUAUUCUAUGAACAUGCCCGCUAUCGAUCUUACUCAAGAGAACCCACUAUGUAGAUUUAAGGCUAUCGGGUACAGUCGUAUGCCCGAAGCCGACAACAACGACGGGCUGGUUGUACUUUGUUUCAAUAAAAAGAAAAAAGAUAUCAAAGAGGGCGAGAUACAGUUGAUCGGUUUUAUGAACAAUAUCUUAGGGAAUAAGCCGAACUUGACGUUGACGGUGGACAAUAUAAAAGCAGUCGGCGAAGAAAAGAGUCAGGUGACCAUCAUUGUUACCGAAAAGGGAAUCACCGGGGCACCGAGAAAGAUUCCCGCCAACGAGCUGGUCGCGUAUUUAUCGCAACCGAUGCAAAAGCAACAAUUGGUACAAAACGGCGUGGAAGAUAUAUUACCUCUAGUGAAACUAGAUCCCGCUCAACUCAAAGAAUAUUUAGACAAUCCGCCGUGCUCCAUCGAUCCUAGAUUAUGGAAGCAGGCUCAGUUGGACAAUCCUAAUCCGGAACUUUACAUACCAGUGCCAAUGAUCGGGUUUCAACAAGUGAAACACAGAUUAAAGUGUCAGGAAGAGGAAACGACCAGGCACAGAAACUUCUUAGACAUGGCGUCGGAGGAAAUACAAAAGCUACAGAGACAACACACGGCGAUACAAGCUAGGCUUAAAGAGCAUAGGAGAACCUUAUUGGAACUUCAACACAGGGUACUGCAAGUAUUGGUGCGCCAAGAAAUUACGCGGAAGGUUGGGCUAUCUCUGCAACCGGAGGAAGAAGUUCUGACGCGUAGGUUCGAAGCCAUGCACUCGCAGAUUAGCGCGCCGACUCAGUUCAAAGGUAGAAUUAGCGAAAUGCUUUCUCAGUUGAGAAUGAGAAGUCACGUAGAUCCUCAAAAUCAGGAGAGAUACGCGAUGGAUCCUAUAGCGCAGGACGAUAUAAAAGGGUACCUCUCGAUGGAACAACAGGGCAUGGCACAACUUAUAGCAACGAUAAACGCUGAUCUAGAAAGUUUGAAAAUCAUUAAAGACGGCAUGUCGGACCUUUUAAUUAGUCAUAGUAUAUCGUGAGAUUUAUAUUUAGUUCCGUAAAUUAUUAACGUUUUUUCUUUCUUUUUUUAUCAAAAUUUUUACCACGAUAAAAACGAGGCAAUGGACCGUAACAAGAGAAUUUUUGCAGCCUUGAUAUUUGGUGAUAUAUUUAUUAUUUUUCGUCCGUUUCAAAUCUAUCGAUCGACGGGAGACUCG